CCGUAGGGCUGCGGCGGGAAGGGGCGGCCGCGCAGGCCCCGCCACGCCCCCCCGGCGCCGCUGCUGCUUCUCGCGGCUGGCGCUUCCCUUUCACCUCACGGAGCUGAGCGGCCCUGCGUGGCUGUGGGCAGCGGCUCCCGCCAGCUGACCUUUAGCGGUCGCGCUGGGGUCUGCUGGGGCUCCGCCGUCCCUCGCUGGCGGGGGUCUUUUCAGCUUGUGCUCCGCUGUGUUGCUCGGCGCUGGUGAAGAACCCGGGGCAAGUAACCUUCGCUGAAGCGCAAGUGGGAGCCUCUCGCCAGCUUCCAACGCUUCUUCCCCCGCCCUGCGCCGAGCGGGGACACGAGAGUGUCGAGGGCUAGGGAGGCCUGGGCUGUCUGUUGUAUGCUGCCCUUCAACUGGGUGAAAAGCAUGGCCUUGCUUGGUGGGAGUGCAGUUUACAGGCACGUUACCAACCUCUUUGACUCCCUGCCAUAUUUGUCUGCUUCAAAUCCCUUGUGGAAGUAACAGUAGCUAUGCUGCCUGAGGAUAAUCGAGAAAAAUAACAACGAGAGUCAUAUGCCAAAUUACAAUAUUCUUACAAGCAAAUGGGAUGCCAUCAGAAGAUUCACAUUUGAGUAGCAUCAGUGAAAAAAUAUCUCCUGGGUGUAUUAUAAGGAAGAACACAUUUAAAAUAUGAUACAGCACAUCUCUGGAAGUAGAGUGAAAAACAACUGAAUUUCUAGGAUCUCAAACUCCCUUUUCUACUGAACUCCAAUAAUUGGAAAGCUGGAUUAACUCCUGAAUUUUAUUUCUAAUAUUCUAUUUCCUACCUCAAUAGAAGUUGCUCCAAUAGCCAAUUCUGCAAACAACACUCCCAGAAUAUGUGGUCUGGGCAUCUACACUUUAAUGAACACUUGUAGCUGUAACUGAGUAGUUUAAAAUGAUAGUAGAGUAGAAAUUCGGGAGAAAAAAUGGUCCUUGGUUUUGUGCUGUGUAAGGUGGGCUUCUUUCUAGCUAGCUGGAAAAGCUAGUAACUAAUUUGGUAGUGUAGUACUAUAUAGAUGAAUUCUAAAUCAUCUGCUCAAGUUUUACUCACCUAUUUAAUAGUACUUAUUAAACUUUAAUUUAUCGGUAAUAUCCUGGAACCUUUCAUUUUAUAAAAUAAUCAUUUAACACGGUGUUUUCAUGCUAAAGCAGCAUGUCCAAUGUUGCUUUUCUAGCCAACUUUUCAACUAGUUUUCAAUCAUUCAUUAAAAUGUUGAUAAUUUAAAAUGUAUUUUAAUAAUGUAGUUGAAAUUGUCAGUUUCUGAGAUUAAGUUACCUCCUAACCAUGCUGUGAAGCUGCUUAUGAGCAUUUAUUACACUAAUUAAAAUGAAGUACUGAAUAGCUAAUGCAUGUUCAACUGUUAAAUUAUCAAUAGUGCAGUUAGGUCCGCUCAAUAAUGAAUUUUAAAUUGAACUUCACCAUAAUUGUGCAUCUACUGUGUUUCAAAGUGUCAGAAAUUAAGUCAUACUAUAAAUUUGUUUUCCUGAGCAAGUUUGAUACAACAAAUAACUUCCAUUUGGUACAUUUAAUUUUAUAGACUUCAAGUAGUAGUGUUUUUACCAGUUUAAAUUAUUAAAAACCCCAUUGAAUUUUAGACAUUUUUUAAUUGUUUAAAAAAGGCCAAAUAUUUUUGCAUUUACUGAUAUUUAGUGUGCUUCAUUACAUAAACCACAUUAAGACAUAGCAAUCAAAAAUGUCAAAAAUACCACAAAUUCAUAUUUUUAUGGGAGCACCCAAUAUUCCAAGACUGCUGGACGUGUCAGAGCAAAAUAGUUCAGCAUCUACUGCUGAAAAAUGGAAAGAACUCCGCUAUUUGUGUGAUACAUACAGUCUUGUUUCUGAAAAGUGCAAAGGUGCUGACCACAUAGUGUUCCAGGCAGAAAGCUCUGUAGUCACAGCAGUUCCUACAAAUGGUGACAGCUCUCAUCAGUCUGAACAGCGGAGAUUAAUGGCUACAAAAGAAUAUUUGACAUCUCCUGUAGCUGUGGCAGUAACUGGUACCAGCACACCUAAAAAGACCGAAAGUUUAAUUUAUUCUGAAUGCCAAAUAUCUAAGAAUAGAUGCACACCUGCAGAGGUAAAUCUGGCUGCAGAUCAACACCUGCCAAAAUUUGCAGAGUCAGCUCAAGAUAAGCAAACCCAUGGCUGUUUUUCAAACCUCUCUGAAAGAAAAGCCAGUCAUUUAGAAGUUAACAGGUCUGACAUUUCUGAUUUGGUUGCCAGUACUAAGCAGAUCAGCAUAGAUCUAAGGUCUUUGGGACAAGGUGCUCAAUCAGAUCAUGGAACUGAUCACCAUGAACAUUUAAGUCAAUAUCUCGAUAUGUUUUUCCCCCAAAAUCAAGAGUCAAAACCAAAAGGAGAACCAAGCAAUAGUUCAGACUUUGCAGUGUCAACAGAUAUUGAAUUUCGUAGUAUAAUGACUUCAAGCCAGAUGGCUGUUUUUGCACAGGAUCAGGGUGACAUGCAGAAAAGAGUCCUAAAACUAUCAGAAAAAAAAGCAGAUGAUGAAUAUGAAGAAAGACAAUCUGAUCACUUCCAAUGUGAUUCUGGUCUUGGGACGUGUCUUAAUGCAGCUACAAAUGAAUUUAAGGAAGAGUGUGCAAGUUCGCUUGAACUUUUCAGCUCUGAGAGUGAUGGGGAGAAUGUCUGCUGGGAAACUACAAAACGAGAAGGAAAUGCUCAGGAAAAUAUAAAGAAGUCUGAAGAACGUAAUGUUACUGCUGAGCAGUUUGUAAAUGAAAUACAUAUUGAGCCACUGAGCUCGGGGAUAUUGUGCUCUCAAGUAAACAAUUGUCAUAAGAGCUCUUCUAAAAGAACCCUCAUGUGUGAAGAUUCCUUUCCUAUUUUCCACUCAUCAUUUAAAAGGCAGCUGAAUUCAAAGAGAGCUAAACUGAGUUCUUCUGGCAUGAAAGUGGAUCAAGAGAGCGUGACAGACUUCAAGAAACUUCAAAAGAAAUUAUCAUCACUUAAAGAUUGCUGCUGCAAAAAUCAAAAGUACAAUAUUUUGGUCACAAUCGUACAUCCUAGUCAUAUCAAAGAAAUACAAGUGAAGACUAGACCAAAAUCUUCAUGUAAAGUUCCUGUAGCAACCAUUGUAGUCAUGGACCAGUCAGAAAUUGAGACAAAGGUGGUGUUGUGGCGUGGUGCUGCGUUUUGGUCCCUCACUGUGUUUCCUGCGGAUAUUGUACUGCUUACAGAUAUAACAAUGUAUGAGAAUCGUUGGUGUGGAGAAAUCAUGCUGCAAUCUACAUUUACCAGCCAGUUAUUGAAUCUGGGGAACUUCUCAGUGCUCAAUCCAGAAGAAUUUUAUCCUGUAGUGGAUGGUGAUGUUCUUCAUGGGUUAUUGGCAUACAUAUCAUCUGCAUUUCCCCAUUUUGGAGACAUUCCACGAAGACAAGUUCAGAGAUUGGAUAGUGUUCAGUAUAUGCAGCUAGAUCAGCUCCAGCCAAAUACAUUGGUUCACUCAAUCUUGAAAAUUGUCAACAUUGCUGUAUUAACAGAAUCCGUGUAUAGCUACAGAGGUGGCAACCAAAGAAAAAUUAUUCUAACAGUAGAGCAGAACAGAGAUCAACACUACAGGAUGGUGCUUUGGGGAGAAGGGGCUGCCUGGUGCCCUCACCUUCAAAGAAAAAAAGAUCAUAUAUGGGACUUCAAAUACCUUCUGGUUCAACAUAGUUCUGUCUCAGGUGACUGUGAACUGCAUACAACUCCAUGGUCCUCCUAUGAGUGCUUGUUUGAUGAUGACAAAAGGGCAAUUGAAUUCAAAGAAAGAUAUCAGAAAAGCAAAACAUCCCUCAUGCAAAUGACAAAGCUCUCAGCACAUUUGGAGGAAAAAUGCUCAGGUGUCAUUCAAGUGAAAGCCCAUAUCUUAGAACUGAAGUAUACCAUUUCAACUGCUCAGUACAAGCAACUCAUCUUCCGUGCUGACACUUCGAUGGGGUGUAUUUUGGCUUCUCUGCCUAUGAUGACCUACUCGGGUUGCGCUAAUUGUGGUUUGGAGCUACAAGCUGAUGAGAACAGGAUCUACAAGCAAUGUAUUAGAUGUUUGCCAUACAACAAAGUAAAAACAUUCUACAGACCUGCUUUGAUGACAGUAGAAGAUGGAGGAUCUGAAAUUUGUGUUCAUGUGGUGUCUGAGUUGAUGGAAAAAAUCUUUCUCAAUAUUCCCGCAGACUGGCUGGACAGAUUCGUAGUGUCCUCUUCAGACAUAACCUACAGCACAAUAGUAGCAGAUCUGUGCCAUUUGCUGCUAGCAGAUACAGAAGCAUCCUAUUUGUUGGAAAUUAGGAGCCAUUUUGUGCUAGAUGAAAACAGCUAUCCUUUGGAAAAGGAUUUCCAUCUGCUAGAUUUUCAUCCUGAUCUUUGAAGCAUUGACCUCUGCACUAACUGAGUAACAGAGACUGCAGGAACACACAGAUGGCAAACAGAAGAAAAAUGAAUUAACUCAAAGGAAGCAAAUUUUUUAAAAAUACAAGAAAGGAUUUUGUUUUUAACUUACACAAAGAAAAUCCAACAAACCCAAAGGACUGGUAUGGAAGAGCACAUUUUUAGUAUAAACUGCUGUAGUACUGAUAAAUUGUCACAAAG